UUAUGCUUGCGCAGAUUCUGAGGGGUUGGGAUUGUUCGGAACAAUUUAUUUUUUCAUUUGUGUUAGACUCUACAUACAUAUAUAUAAAUCUUAUAAAUAGCGAGUAGGAAAAGUAAAUCCUUUUCCUAAGUCGUAAUUCAUAAUAUAUCACGCAUCACCAUGUCAUUCCCGCCACGUUCAGUUCUCCUUAGAUUAUCCAAUACAGGGAGUCCACUCAAUGCCGAGGCUGUACAAAAUGGUGUUCUAAUUCUUCCAUCAGUUGCGCUCCCAAAAGGGUACAAGUCUGGAGACCCGUUAUUCCACCUUCAUUUCCAAUUGAAUGCUGCAUCUCCUGUCACUGUCAAUGCCUCUUUCUACACAAAUGCACCUGAAUCUGGGGCUUCGUUCAAGCGUUCUCAGUUUCAAAAACAUGCUAUUGAUUCCUCAUUUGACCGUGAUACUGUUAUAUCUGUUCCUAUCUACAGCCCUGGAUCCUACUGUUAUUAUAUUGAAUAUGAAGAUGAUAAGGCUACUUCUCACUACUACUUCAAUGUUCCUCCCAAUCUUGCAAUUGACGGUACUUAUCUUCCCUUCAAUAACAUUAAUAUCCAAUCAGUUGUUUCCAAAUGGAUUGGUGAUCUCCCGCUGUGGGAUCCAUUAUUUACUGAAGUGUCCAGAAAGGGUUACAAUAUGAUUCAUUUUACCCCUCUUCAAGAAAGAGGUGUAUCUAAUUCUCCUUAUUCCAUCUUUGAUCAACUCAAAUUUGAUCCUGAACUCUUCAAGAGCAAUGAACAUGCCACGGAAUUUAUUCAUGAAGUUUUAGGCAACCACAAUCUUUUAUCCUUGACCGAUGUUGUUUGGAAUCAUACUGCUGACAACUCUGAAUGGCUCAGAGAUCAUCCAGACGCAGGUUAUAAUGUUGAAACUGCUCCACAUCUUCGUGCUGCUAUAGAAUUAGAUGCAAAGCUUCUUGAAUAUUCUUCUAAAUUGGAAGAAUUAGGGUUUCCAACUGAAAUCAAAUCCCUUGAAGACUUAAAUGUUAUCAUUUCAGGAUUAUCAGAACAUGUAAUUGAUCCACUUGAGUUGUGGCAAUUUUAUGUUUUCGAUAAAACUUCAAUUAUUCGGGAAAUGAAGCAAGUAUAUGAAGACCUGUCAAGCAAAAUUAACCCUAUUGAAAUCCCUCUGGAUGUUGAUAUCUCCAACAUUGAACAAGUUGCUCAGUAUUCUCUCAAGGUUAGUAAUGAAGAAAGAGAAAUCGUUCUUUUGGAUAGAUUUAGUAACAAGUUGAAUGCUCAAAAGUUUAUUGAGGUGGUUGUUUCUUUACUUCAUAAUGAAACUGUCAACGAUUUUUCCGCCAUUGAAAAGAAAGCUGGUACCAUUAUUGAUGAGAUUAAUGUUAAUUUGUAUAAGGCUUAUGAUGAUGACAUCAAAACUAUCAAGUCUCAAGUAUUCGAUCGAGUUAAAUUCCAAAGACUCGAUGAUAAUGGAGAAAAGAUGGGUCCUAUCACCAAAAGUAAACCACUCACUGAUCCAUACUUCACCCGGUUUGAAGGAAAUCAGGACAAGAAGUCUUGGGCUCUUGCCAAUAAUGGAUGGAUUUGGGGUGGGAACCCAUUAGUCGAUUUUGCUUCUUCCAAAUCUAAGGCAUAUCUCCGCAGAGAGGUUAUUAUCUGGGGGGAUUGUGUGAAAUUGAGAUAUGGAGAAAAUGAGGAAGACUCACCUUACUUGUGGAAACGAAUGAUUGAUUAUACCAAGUUAUGUGCCAAAGUAUUCAAUGGAUUCCGGAUUGACAACUGUCAUUCUACUCCACUUCACGUUGGUGAACGUCUUUUAGAUGAGGCUAGACUAGUAAAUCCAAAUCUUUACGUUGUAGCGGAAUUAUUCAGUGGAUCUGAAGCUAUGGAUAAGAUUUUCGUUGAAAGACUUGGAAUCAAUUCUCUUAUCCGUGAAGCUAUGCAAGCAUGGAGUGUUUCUGAAUUGUCCACAUUGGUACAUAAACAUGGUGGAAGACCCUUAGGCUCUUUAACUUGGAUGCCCUUGGAUGAUUUCGCAUACCCAGCAGACAAAGAAGUAGAAUCAUCAACAGAUCCAGAUUCUUUUGGUACUGCUACUGAAAUGGAAAUUCCUAAAAAUUUGGCAUCUCAGGCUCCACAUGCAUUGUUUAUGGAUUGUACCCAUGAUAACGAGGUUCCUGCCCAAAAGAGAACUGUCGAAGACACUUUACCUAAUGCCGCAUUAGUAGCAUUCUGCUCUGCUGCAAUUGGUUCAGUGUUAGGAUAUGAUGAAUGUUACCCAGAAUUACUCAACGUAGUUCACGAAACUAGGAAAUAUACAUAUGGUGACAAUGGAAUUGGUGCUAUAAAGAAACGCCUUCAUGCUAUUAGAAAGGAAUUAGCCGAGGAGAGUGUCGAUGCAGUGCAAGACAAUGAAAUGUACAUUCACCAUGAAGGUCAAUAUAUCACUAUUCAAAGACACAAUUCCAGAACUGGUAAAGGUUGGUUUUUGAUUGCCAGAACCAAGUUUAGCAAUAAUUACGAUGCUCAAACGUUGACACCUCCAGUAUUGGGUGGCACUCAUGUUAAGGGUGAAUUUGCGUACACUUUGAAAAGAACUGGUGAUAGCGAAAAGAAUGAGAAGUACUUGACUGGUAUUCCAGUAGAAGCAGACGAAAUCGCCAUCCCAAGCAUUGAAUUCACUGACAACGAAAGCCGUAUUCAUGUAGAUGAAGCAAAAUUUGUUCCAGGUUCUAUUGCAGUGUUUUCCACUACUAUCCCACACGUUGAUUUGUCAUUGGAUCUGUUAAUUAAGAAUGGUGCCGUUAAGGCAUCAUGUGGAUUAGAUUUCUACGACUUGAAUGCAAUCUUGUACAAGUGUGAAUCUGAAGAACGUGAUGCAAGCCACGGUUCUGAAGGAACGUACGAAAUACCAAGAUAUGGGAAACUUACAUUUGCAGGUCUUGAAGGAUGGAUUGUUGUCUUGAAGAAGGUUAUUUGGGAAAAUAAUUUGGGCCAUGCAAUUUGUGACCAUUUACGUGAAGGUGAAUGGGCAUUUGAUUAUGUUGUAAAUCGUUUGGAUAAAUAUGCAAAGAAUUCUAAGGGAGUUGCUGAAUUUCAAGGGUGGCUUCGUGACAGAAUAGAUUCUAUCCGUGCUAUUCCUUACUUUUUACGUCCACAUUACUUUGCAUUAGUAGUUGGGAUUGCCUAUGAAGCUUGUCGCUUUAGAGCAUUGAGACUCAUGGAUCCUAAAAUUCAAACAGCAACCAACUUUGUUCAACGUUUGGCUCUUACCUCAGUUCAAAUGGUGGGAAAUAUGAAUAAUACAUCUUUGAAGGCCACAGAACAAGUUCCUUGCAUUGCAGCAGGAUUGCCUCAUUUCAGUAAUGAUUAUAUGAGAUGUUGGGGAAGAGAUGUUUUCAUUUCUUUCCGUGGAUUGUUCUUGGUCACAGGAAGAGACGAAGAUGCCAAACAACAUAUCUUAGGCUUUGCCCAAACGUUGAAACAUGGUCUUAUUCCAAACUUGUUGGACGCUGGACGUAAUCCUAGAUACAAUGCUAGAGAUGCUGCAUGGUUCUUUGCUCAAGCGGUUCAAGAGUAUGUGGUCAACGUUUCUAAUGGGAUUGACAUUUUAGAAGAGAAGGUCACCAGAAGAUUCCCAUUAGAUGAUACAUACAUCCCAUACGAUGAUGAAAGGGCAUUUAGUUAUGAAACUUCAAUUGGAGACAUACUUUACGAAAUCCUUCUGCGUCAUGCAAAAGGUAUUAAAUACCGCGAAGCAAAUGCUGGACCUAAUUUGGACUCUCAGAUGACUGAUGAAGGGUUCAAUGUUGAAGUAAAUAUUGACUGGGAAACCGGUUUAGUCCAUGGUGGAUCCCAAUUCAACUGUGGAACUUGGAUGGAUAAAAUGGGAGAAAGUGAAAAGGCAAAGUCUAAGGGAGUUCCCGGAACACCUAGAGAUGGAGCUGCUGUGGAAUUACAAGGGCUCUUGAAGAGUACUUUGAGAUUUGUUAAUGAAUUGAACGCCAAGGGAAAAUUCCCUUAUACUGAAGUUGAAAAGAAUGAUGGAUCCAAGAUUUCGUUGAAGGAUUGGGAACAACUUGUGCAAGACAACUUUGAAAAAUGUUUCCAUGUUCCUGAAGAUCCACUGGAAGAUGGAGAUUUUAAAGUUGAUCCCUCUAUUGUAAACAGAAGAGGAAUUUAUAAGGAUUUAUACCUUUCCGGCAAACCAUAUGAAGAUUAUCAAUUGAGACCAAAUUUUGCAAUUGCAAUGAGAGUUGCACCCGAGCUAUUCCUGCCCGAAAGAGCACUUGCAGCCUUGAAUCUUGCAGACAAGGUAAUUCGUGGACCUCUUGGUAUGAGAACGCUUGAUCCCUCGGACUAUAAUUAUCACCCUUAUUACCGCAACAGUGAAGACAGCACGGACUUUGCUACAUCUAAGGGCCGGAACUACCAUCAAGGACCAGAAUGGGUAUGGUGUAUUGGAUAUUUUUUCAGAGCAUACUUGUAUUUCACACAUUUACAAGAAAAGAAGAAUGGAACCCAGGGCCCAUCUCAAGAAGUGUUACGUUCUCUUAACGAAAGAUUACAACCCCACAUCAACUGGAUCAAGGAAUCACCUUGGUCCGGCUUGACCGAGUUAACUAACAAGGAUGCAGAGUAUUGUGACGACUCUAGUCCAACACAAGCAUGGAGUACAUCUUGUUUGCUUGAUUUGUACUACGACUUGUGGACCGAUGAACAUUAUCAGUAGAUAGAUAGAAAAUUAGAAUAGAAAAGUAUAAGAUGAAAUAAAAAAAA